UCAUCAUUUUCUGAUUAGUUUACUUCAUUGAACAGUCUUCUUAUGGAAUGUAACUAUUAUUCUCGAUAAUUUUAAGUAAGAGGUACAUACGCCCGCCAAGUGUAUGACGAUUUGACACAAUGAAAAACGUGUUAAAAAUUAAAAUGCAUUAAAAAAAUGUUGUUUUGCAUCGAUUUCUAUAAUGACUUUUGCAUUGUCUUUUUGUGAAUGUGGAAUCUUGGUUGUGUAGGUUUGUUGCUCCAAGAUACAGACUGCAACGUUGUGAAUUCCAAUUCUAACCGUAGCAAAGGCAAUAACCAUUCAUUUGGUCGUCAUGGUGCUACAACGAGUGUAAAGUCACCUAGUGGUGAUCCGCUUUUCAACAUUGCUCCAUCUCCCAACAACAAGAUGAAGUCUCCGCCAUUGGUCUCACUGGAGGAGGAGCCGUGCCAGCUGAACGGAGUUGGAGAAGACUACGUUGAAUUCAACUACACCAACAAUCGAUUACCCUCCUCGUCAUCACAAUCAGCAUUGACAAUUGAUGCCGUGAUUGGGAAGAAGUACCCUGUUUACGCCAGGGACAUAUCAAGAGGGGAAGAGAAGGUCAAAAUCCCACUAGUGAACGAAUUCAGUAGCAACAUCCACCCCUUGAAGCUGCCCAACAUUCUGUACAUCAGCACCAACAUGGUCCACAAGGAUGCUCACAUCGACUUCUCGCUGGCUCGCUUGUCCGACGACAACUGCUGCUCUAGCUGCGUCGGGGACUGCCUGUCGUCGGACUUGCCAUGUGGGUGUGCUGCAGAGACGGGAGGCGAGUUUGCUUACACGCCUGGUGGGGUGCUAAAGGGGGAGUUCUUGGAGAAGUGUGUGAUGAUGAAUAAGGAGCCUCAGAGGAAGCAUUACUACUACUGUGAGGUUUGUCCAUUGGUGAAUGACUUGAGCCAGAAGGGGAAGAAGAAGGUGAAGGCUUGUAGAGGGCAUUUGACUAGGAAGUUCAUCAAGGAGUGUUGGAGCAAGUGUGGCUGCAGCAAGAGGUGUGGGAACAGAGUUGUCCAGAAAGGGAUUCAAGUCCCUCUGCAGGUGUUUGCUACCUCUGAAGGGAAAGGAUGGGGAGUAAGAUCUGUGACUGCCCUGAAGAAAGGCACCUUCAUCUGUGAGUACAUUGGGGAGAUAGUGACAAACCAGGAGCUGUAUGAGAGGAACAAGGAGAGGGCUGCCAAGAAAGAAGAGCACACAUAUCCGGUGCUGUUGGAUGCUGAUUGGGGAUCUGAGAGGAUACUGAAAGAUGAAGAAGCUCUUUGCUUGGAUGCCACUGAGUUUGGCAAUGUCGGCAGGUUUAUCAACCACAGAUGUGGGGAUUCCAACUUGAUUGAGAUUCCAGUGGAGGUGGAGUCACCAGAUCAUCACUAUUAUCACGUUGCAUUUUUCACGGUCAGAGAUGUGGAGGCAAUGGAAGAGUUAACAUGGGAUUAUGGGAUCGAGUUUGAUGACAUAUACCAUCCUAUCAAGGCAUUCAAGUGCAAAUGUGGAAGCAAAUAUUGUCGGAACAAGCAAAAGAUCCAACGAUAAACUCUAAACAUAGAUAUGAUUUAUAAGAAAUUCUUCGUUUCAAACUAGUAGCAUGGAGAUAAAAACAUUUGAUGACACAUUGAUGAAAAGGUGCCCAUUGGAGUUAUUAUUUACUUUGUAGAUUUAUUGAUUCUUUGGAAUAAACCAUUACUUUAUGCUUCCCAAACUAAACCCCAUAGGCACUAAUAUAAAUUUAAUCAAUUUUUUAAUCCAGUACUAUCUAUCACUAAUAACAAAUUACUUUUCUGAGUGUUAGUGAAAAUAUUCAACAUAUUUCAAAGUUUAGUAUUGAGUGGACGGGAAACACAAAGCUCCAAAAAGCAAGUAAAUAGUAAUCUUAAAG